CACUAAAAAAACCCCACUCGACAAUUCACAACCAUACGAAAGAAACCCCAUAGAGAUGACAAACUCAAUCCACGUGGUUACCAUCACCAGAAAUGGCGUUACACCGGCUACCAAUCACUCCGGUAACCGUAGUAGAUGCCGCCAUUGUUAUUAUUCCCGACGGUAUCUUCACCCACACUUUUCCCGCCAAAACAAUCAGUUAUCCACCAAUAACCGUACACAAACCACCACAACUAGCCUUCAGCUCAUCAUUUACACCUCAAUUUCAAGCAUUUUCUGCGUCGUCUUCCAACGGAGAUUCUGAGGAAUCGUCCGUACAGUUAUCUGAACCGGAACCGGAAUCGGAACCGGAAUUGGAACCGGAACCGGAAUCGAAUUCCGGUGAUGCUGAUGGAAUUGAAGUUGAGGUUGAAAAGGUAAGUAAGAAUCGACGGAGAAUUAGGUCUAAGGUUGCUAUUGACGCUAGUUUACAAACAGUUUGGGGAAUUUUGACCGAUUAUGAACGGCUGGCUGAUAUUAUACCUAGUCUCGUUGUGAGUCAGGUGCUUGAUAAGGGAGAAAACUUUGCUCGUCUUCUUCAGAUUGGGCAACAAAAUCUGGCAUUUGGAUGGAAAUUCAGUGCUAAAGGCGUUAUUGAUUGUUAUGAACAAGAUUUUGAAGUUCUUCCAAAUGGUCAAAGGCGUGAUAUCGACUUUAAGAUGAUUGAAGGCGAUUUUACAAUCUUUGAAGGAAAAUGGUCCAUUGAGCAGUAUGAACCAAGUGGUUGUGUAUCUGGUCAACAAUAUGAUACAACUCUUUUAUACACGGUUGAAGUGGAGCCGAAAAUGUGGUUGCCCGUUCAACUUGUUGAAGGCCGGAUUUCCCGAGAGAUACAAAUGAACCUUUUUAGCAUUCGAGAAGAAGCCCGGAAAUUAUCUGAUAGUAAUUCUUCUGGUUAGUGGUUUUCUUGUAUUUAAAAUUCUUUUUGUGUAUUGCUAACAUACAACUUCAUGUAUUGUUGUAAUAAAGUUGUUCUACUGUUGGUAAAAAUUAUUUUUGACAGUGACUGAAUGAAGUUUUUCUUAAUAGAA